AUGGAUUUUUUUUGCAGUGAACAGAAGGAGAAACAGCUGCUGGAGGAGCUGAAUGAGAUAACAGAGAAGCAGUCUGGACAACUGAGGGGGCGGAUAAAGUCAGGGGAAAUAGACAUGCAGAUGUAUCAACAAUACAUAGAGUACCUCAACCAGGUGUUGAAGUCUGGGAGUGAGACUGACAUGUUUGACAUUUACCAGAUGUGUCAGUCUGGGGCAAUCAAGGAGGCAACAGACAGGGAUGUCACUUUCACAGGCAGUGUUCGUGAUACAAAAAUUAUAUUUGUGAGUGAAAUAGAUGAGAUGAAAUUACACAAGGAUGUACAACUUGGUAGAAUUCAACAGAACGUUUGUGACGUCAUGGAUAAGCGAAUUGGUAAAAUACAGAGUGGCACAUUCGACGUCAUGUGCAGACCGGCGUUACACAAGACAGUCGGCAUCAAAGUCGAUGGCGACAGGUCGCAGCCGUAUACAUAUGGCAUCACGGUCCUGGUUGUGGAUGGUGAGGAGACAUUGGUGGUCACUGACUGCAGCAAUACAUGUCUGAAAUCCAUCUACACAAAGAAUAACAAAUCACGACACAGUAAACUGGAUCUUGCAAGUAACCCACACUCUGUGACGAGGCUGGGGGACAACCAGGUGGCUGUAUCAUUCUGGUCACACAAUGAGAUUGUAAUGGUACUGGUGACCCCUGACCUUGUACUAGAGUCACGUGUCACAACAAAGAAGAAGUACAUGGGUCUGACAGCCUUGAGUCCUUCAACAUUAGCAGCAGGUUGUACGGAUCCUCCCUGUGUUGAUAUCUUGGAUGUAUCGGGGAGAGUGAUGAGGUCAGUCAGUACACUCGACACUGAGAAGAACCUGAUAUGUAACCCCAGCUUCCUCUGUGCUACAGACAGGGGCGACAUCCUGUUGUCAGAUGCUGUGUCACAGUCUGUCUACUAUAUCACACAAGGGGGAGAUGCUGUGUUCACCUACACCCUUACAGGAGAGAGGGGACUGAGUUUACCACGAGGUAUCACAACUACCAGCACAGGACACAUCUUGGUGGCGGACUACUUGGCACACAAGGUGAUACUACUGACACCAGCAGGGAAGUUUGUCAGAGACCUGCUGACGUCACAGGGUGGACUACAGUAUCCAUACGGCUUGAUGUUCUGUGACUGUAAACUGUAUGUGGGGGAAUACAGUGGAGGUGCUGUUAAGGUAUUCACCUGCAGUAUUCCCCAGUGAGACCCCAGGAAGCAAACCAUACUCCUAUCGUGCGCAGACUUUUAUAAAGAAAAUUCAGAAAUAUGCCCAAAAUGAACAGUUUGUUUUGUGUAAAAUACCCGAAACACCAAACACAUUUGAACAUAGGUUGAAUAUGAUGAUACGCCACUUUUUAGCAGUAUUCGAGCAAUACCCUUACAACGACGUGGGUACAUUGUAGCCAUGUGACCAACCGAAACUGAGACAUCAGCAGAACGACCGAACGUUUCCGCAUACAAAUGACAAGCACAUACAUAAUGGAUUAUUAGAUCAGUUGUAGUGGCACUUUUCAGUUAAAUGUGGGGACAAGACCGACAUUAUGCAGGUCUUAGACGUUUACAACUUUUAAGAAACCCACGAGCACGGAAACGGUGCUGACAAACCUAGAAACUUAAUCAGGGCGAAUCUGGGAUUCAAAGCCACGACUAUAGGUUCCUGUCCUCCAAGGGACGCAAAUACGUACAUCAAAUGUCGGGGCCACAGAGUACCACAUACAUGUACGUUCUGUGAGGCUAAGGAAUUUAACCCUGAAUAUUGCACUUACUCAAAGAGCUUCACGUUCACUUACAUUAUCCAGGAAGACUGUUUACUAGCGUUUCUAUCAGUAACUCUCGCUGAUAAUACUUUUACUGGUGCUUGAGGCAUCCACCUAAAUACUCUACAAACAUUAAGUAUGUACUUAAUGAAUAGAAAAUGUAUGUAUUUUUUACUAUACAGCUACAGUUCAAUGUUUGGUGGGUUUUAAUAUAAUUUAUAUGUUUUAAUAAUGUUUUAAGAAGUGUCUCGUAAGCUUUACUAGACUGGAAAUUGCACAGUUUUAUUGUUUAAAUAACAUAUUAUAUUUAAAUUAUGUACAAUAUGUGACACUAUAAUAUAAUAUAUCUUUUCUUACAUUUACUAAUGCCUACACACUUCAGCAAUUUGUAGAUUGAUAGGAUAACCACUAUCAUUAAUGUGAAAGUCAUAUUUCAUGUAUAUUGAAUAAACAC